UUUCUCCUUGUUUUCUCUCUUUUCAGUGAAGCAUCCGUGCCCGGGUAUUCGUAUUGCAACGAGCAGCUGAAUUUUUCCACCACCAACACCAACUACAGCGAGGAUGACGCCGACUUUGCCCCGGGACGGCGGGGAAAAACGUCUAGGCAAGAUCCGCUCUCACAUCGAAUAAUAGAGAAACGGCGCCGGGAUCGGAUGAACUCCUGCCUGGCGGACCUGUCCCGUCUCAUCCCGCAGCAGUACAUGCGCAAGGGCCGCGGCCGCGUGGAGAAAACCGAAAUCAUCGAAAUGGCCAUCCGACACCUGAAGAACCUCCAGAACCAAGAGUGCGUUCGGGAGAGCUCCUGUACGGAACAGUACCGCGUCGGCUACCACGACUGUCUGACUGAGGCGGCCAAAUUCAUGCUGCGGGAACGGGGCGAAGAGAUGUGCUACCGGAUGGUGGCGCACCUCAAGGACCACUGCAACGAGAUCAUGAAAGGUGAAAUGCUGAAGUCCCGGUGCGGUUCGGAGAUUCCAAACGGCGGCAGUCCAGUGUACCUGCACCCGGGACCGCUGUCACAGCUCAGGGAUAUGCUGUCGUGUCCGUCCGAUAUCGAACACAGCAGCAACGAUCACCACGACGUGAAGGACCUCAGCUUCCGCAGUAAUACCAACAGUAGCAGCAGUAGUAAUCCACCACAGGCCGCGGUGAUCACCUCGACCGCCCCGAACAGCGUGCAGCACCUGGACACCUCCAGCAAUCACUCGACGGUGGACUUUGAGGCGUCGUCUCCGUCGCGAAUUUCCACCAGUUCUACCAACGGCCAGCUGCCGCACCUUUCGCAGGACACCAACAACAACAUCAACGCCCAGCACGAGAGUGUCCUGCGGACGAUUCGCAUGCGGAAGUUCUCCGAGAACUCGCCCGAGCACGAACACAGCCACAACAGCUACAAGUUCAAGAACUACAUCCAGCAGCGAUUCUCGCAGGACACCCACGGUCACGAGAACGGCGGUCACCUGGCGGAGAUGGCUCACAGUCCCUCGUCCGUUCACGAGGAUCAUCCGAUGUCCGAAGUACCUCCGCCGUCCGCCAUCUGCAAAGGGCUCGCCAACGGGCUGGGGCCGAAGAGCUGCAACGGAACCGACGAACCGCUGUCCUUGAAGCGGAAGAUUUCCUCCACGGAGUACGGCUCGCCGGUGCCGCAGGCGGCCCGCGACGACCGCGAGGACAUCAAGAACAGCCUCACCGAAAUCAAGAGCGAGCACGCGGUGGGCGCGCGGAGCGUCUACGCCUCCUGUGCCGUGCCCGUGUUCGCCUGCCACACCCAGGGUUUCUACGUUCCGCUGAACGUCAACUACGAAAGCCUACUGCCAUACCUGAACGGAGUGGAUCUGUUCGGCAAGAGCUACCGGCAGAUGCCGCCGCUGCACCCGAUCAGCAUCAGCGUGAACUAUGCCCCGGCCAGUUUGAUCAAGUCCGCGACAGUGGCGGCGGCAGCGGCGGCGUCGGCUGCCGCCGUCAACGGGCUAACUUCCGCGACAACGACCGGAGGCGCCGCCAAGUCAGCCCUGGUCGAAACCAUGGUCAACGGAUGCUAGACCAGGUAGGGGGCAGGAAGUUAGCCUCGAACGUUGUUUUGAAAUUGGAGGGCUGACUCGGUGCGCAAGUGUUGUUGCGACCGGAGCGCAGAAAAUGGCGUGCGCGCGGGGAAUUUUAGGUUAUGUCCGGGCGUCGCCAUUGUGAGCCUUUGAUUAGUUUUAAUUGGCCGUGAAAGAAGUUAGAAUAUCAAAAAGAGAAAUGAGUUGCCUGCAGGAUGGGUUUUGCGUUGUGAACAAUCCAGCGGCGGUUGGCAGCACUGCUUACAUAAUGAGGAGAACUUUGUUGGUGUGGUGAAGAUAUUGCAUCUUUUAAAUGACUAAAGACUUAUCUGCCGUGUGCAUCAUAGUUGCCCCCAAGGGGAAUGACAUAUCCUUUUCUAACCGAAAAAUCCGUAUAUAUCCGUUCCUAACCGUCGCUAACCGCUGCUAGCUUGAGCAGCAGUUAGGCGCGGUUAAUGACGGUUAGGAACGGAUAUAUGCGGAUUCUUCCGGUUAGCAAAGGAAGUGCCAUUCCCCCUGGUUGCCCCAUGUUAAUAGGGAUUCCCAAAGAACAGAAAUGUUACUUCAGAAUACCUUUUCCGUUACUGAGAGAAGAUUCAUGGAUAUGUUUCUUCAUUAACAAGGUUUUCAAGUAGUUUUACAAUCUAAUCUUGGCUACUAACGGAGUGUCGGGAACGGAACAGGAUUCGUCAGCACAGUCGCUAGUUGAUUUUCGGAUAAAACGUGUAACAGGAUGUGAAUAUUGCGUAAUUCACCGGAACAAUCCGUUCCCAGCCAUCUUAGCAAACUACAGUAGAUUCGCUUCGCAUGAUACGGGACCUCAUAAUCCAGGCGACUUGCUCCGCCAAAGCUCCACUCCUCAAUGAGGCAGCAACACAAACCAUGGCUGUCUCGUCAUGAUGCUUUCUGUCACCGAUGCUUAUUAGGGGAAGGACACGCAAGGGGAAUGUCACUAAUCAUUCAUACCCCAUAGAGGACAAUAGCUUUCUGGUUCAAUGGCUCCUUGAUGAAGUGAUGACGCAACAGAUCGAUGUGUCUAGUCCGUUCCGAGUAGCCAACUUCUCUUUCGGUUCGACACAUAUUGCACAUAUUCUGUUAUCGUAACAAAUUUCAAUUGUGGUAGUGAGGCUGGUAAGCUCUACACAGAACAACGAGCUUCCUGACCAGAGGCUGCCAUAAUUAUAUACCCUGCUUCCAUCGUGGAAAUACUGAAGCUAUGGAUUGCUUUCUGUAGCUCCCGGCAAUUGUAAGUCCAUCCCAAGAAACAGAGAUAGCUGAAUAAGAGUUUCUUAAGCGGAAGUUUGCUUGAGAGUUGUUUAUGUUUGUUGGGGUGUGUAUGAACGUGUAGCCUUACACGGAUCGCCCGAUCUCUGGAUUAUUUGCCCAGUCUGCAUACGAAUGCCCGUGGAGCUGUUCUUCAUUCUCGCUACUGUAGACUACCUUCAUAUCCUUCGUUCCUUUAAGCCUUCCAUGUACCUCAGAAUACGUUUGGGGCGUCCAGUAGGCUUCUCCUGGGUUGCUGCCGAAACUGCUGACUGCCUUAACGGCAAAUUCUAUAUCCGGGAGACAAAUUGUAGUCCGCCGACGAGUCCACGAAACGGAACGUAUGACUUCCUUUUGGCUUCAUCAAAAUGCUUGGGACAUAUUUCCUUGCUUAGCUUGCUUGCACCAAACGACGUGGAAAUGGGAUGCAAUCGAGCACUCCAACCUGUUCUAGAAGUUGCUCGAUAUACUUGUUUUGAUCCAAGCAGAUCCUUUUGACAGCCUGUGUUACAUGCAUUCCGAGGAUCUGCUCCGGGUAGCCCCGAUGCUUCAUUAACUGCUCCUUUAUGCGUUGACCAUGUCUUCAUCGUUGGCCGAACACCAGAAGGUCGUCCACAAGUAAGGCCACGAUGAGAACUGUGACGCCAUAUUCGAUUGCUGCAGACCGAUGUCCCACAGUAUCUUGUCGAGCUUCUUGUUCCUCACGAUAGUUGCUUGUAAGGUCCGCCGGACACUUCCGGUUGUUCCACGAUUAGACGAGAUGCCGUUACUGCGUCGAGCUGAUAGAUCUUCAGCCCAAACCCCGCAGAGACUGCCAUCAGAUAGCGGACCGUGCAAUAACGGACCAGUGGUGAAUAGGUUUCUUCGUAGUCGACUCCUUUGACUUGCGAAUAGCCCUUUGUCACAAAUCGUGACCGAUCGUGUACCGCUCGAUCGAACCGUCCGCCUUCGUCCUUCGCUUGAACUUCCAUUUCAAUGUUAGGGCCUCCGCCCAGCUGGUAGAUCGCACAAUUCCCGUCCCAUUACCCCUGUUGGAGUUCAUCUCCACCUUCAUUGCUUCAUGCCAACAGCUGUCGUCGCUUCGUAUCGCUUCCUUAAACAACUGUGUUUUUUUGACGGAAACUGCUUUGAGGGACGACACUUGAAGUCCUGCGCUCCUUGCCACUGCGCCUUACUACACUAUAUGGAGCCUUUUGUUGUGGAGGCAGCGCAGGUUCUAACCGGUCUGGCAACUCUUCGUCGCCGGUUUCAUUCGCUGGUAGUGAUUCUGCUACGGUAGUUGCGGCGUAUUGUGCAGAGUCCGGGCUGAUGUCAGCUGAAGCUAUCCGCGAAACUGCAGCAUUUUUGGUUCGGAAGCUUUAAGUUCAUUGCUGUUUUCGUUCAACAACACUUCUUGACCUCGAACCUCGCCUCGAACUGUAGACGCGAUACAUUUUCGAUCCUGCUGCGAAUUCAAGAAAGAUGCCUUGCUCCGAUUUCGGAUCCCAUUUCUUCAUUCGUACCUUCGGUCAUUACCUUCGGAAACGCACAGGUAGAUCGGCCUUCUUUCUGAAGUCGUUGGUGAACGGUUGGACAUGCCGUCCCAACCGCUUCAGCCCAAACCCAACCCUAUCCGGCAUCGACAGUGCGGAAGACAACAAGUGCGUUCUACGAGAAUCCAGCUCAUUCGUUCAGCCAGACCAUCUGUUCUGGGUUUUGCGGUACACUGAUUUCGUGUUGGAUUCCGCACUGUUUCAAAUAUCGCUUCAUGUCACUUCUAAUCCGCUUUAGCAUCUUACCUGUUACGAGUCUCUGUAAAGGCUUGGAAAUCCUUGAAGCACUCUAGCACUUUCCGUCUUCGAUCGAAUGAAGUAAACGAAACACUUUCCGCUGAUGUCGUCGACUAAAGUAAGAAAGUACUUGCCAGCUCCUACGGAAGUCCUAUCCAUGGGAUCGCAUAGAAAGAUCUCUGUGGACGAAUUCCAACACUUCUGCUGCUCUGGACCCUUUGCAUUUGAAUGGUUGAUGCUGAUUCUUCCCUUCUAAGCACGGAAUGCAAUCCGGAAUAUCGGAUUCGUCGAGCUUCACACCACGUACGUAUCAUAUUGUCACUUCUAUGCCGCUUUAGCAUCUUACCUGUUCCGAGUCUCUGAAAAGGCUUGGAAAUCCUUGAAGUACUCUAGCACUUUCCGUCUUCGAUCGAAUGAAGUAGACGGAACACUUUCCGCUGUAGUCGUCGACCAAGGUUAGAAAGUACUUGCUAGCUCCUACAAAAGUCCUAUCCAUGGGAUCGCAUAGAAAGAUAUCUGUGGACGAGUUCCAACACUUCUGCUGCUCUGGUCCCUUUGCAUUUGAACGGUUCCAUCUUGUUCUGAGUUAUGUGGUACCUACACUGAUUUCGUGCUGGAUUCCUCACUGUUUCAAAUGUCGCUUCAUGUCACUUCUAAGCUGCUUUAGCAUCUUACCUGUUACGAGUCUCUGUAAAGGCUUGAAAAUCCUUGAAGCACUUCAGAGCUUUCCGUCUUCGAUCGAAUGAAGUAGACGAAACACUUUCCGCUACAGUCGUCAACCAAGGUUAGAAAGUACUUGCUAGCUCCUACGGUUGUCGUUUCCAUUGGACCGCAUAGAAAAAUCUCUGUGUUGAACGAGUUCUAACACUUCUGCUGCUCUGAUCUCUUUGAAUUUGAAUGGUUGAUGCUGAUUCUUCCCUUCUAGGCACGGAAAGCACUCCGGCAUGUCGAAUUCGGUGAGCUUCACACCACGUUCCUACCAUAUUGCACAGUUGCUUCAAACUGUGCAUGUAAAGAUGCCAUAACCCGAUCCAAAACACAUCCUUGUAGAAUACCACCCGAUGGCCACGACUGCAAACCUUGUGCAUGGGCCAGAGAUUCAUGGUUAGUUCUGGAAUGCAUAGAACUUCAGUUGCAUCAUCUAAGUCGGCUUUGAUAGUUACGUUGCUCUCGGCAACAAUUGGCGCAUUCAUGUUAUUUGCGACUAUGACACCGUCACUCACCUCUUUUGCCACUUUUCGGAUUGCUUUUUCUCAAAAUAUGCGGGUCGUUCAUCCGGGUUGUUACGACGAUGUCGCACCAUGAAAGCCGAGUAAGGAGUACCUAUCAAGGCUCCAUCCUAUUUUCUCGCGGUCACUCUGAAACGUAAUGACUCAACCGGUUUUACUGGAAAUGGAAGCACAUCACGUGACUCUUGCUCGAUUUUGACGACUUCGGCUUCGCUCCGGACUGGCCAUAGAACUGUUGGAAUAUCACACAGUGGACAACUCAACAGCGGACGGAAAAUGGACCGAGACGAAAAGCAAAAUAUCGCUGUACUUUACAACAGUACUCGAACGACUAACUUUACCAACAAUAUUUACAUACACAAUAACAAUACAUUCGACAACGCACGGUCAUGGUGCACCUACAUUACAUAAAGGUUGUCUCGAUAUGAGGGUUGUCUGAUUGAAGCAUUCCACAAGAAUGCCCGUCCAGACUCGAUUCCAACAGGGCCAUCAGGCCUCUUCACGUCCUGCAGAAUCUUCUCGCACGUAUCGUAUCCGCUCGCAUCUGGAUCCCGGGCUCUUCCAUGUCCAUAGUUCACCUCGAAGCCAAUCUGGGCCAGGUGGAUAUCAGCUGGUUAACGUAAUGCCUCACCGUAGAAUAAUCCACUAGCUUCACUCCGGUCGGAUGCUGAAGUACUUCAAGCUCCCGAAUAUAUCCGCUGUCCUGAAUUGUAGUCUUUAAAGUGUCCCAUGGUUCCUUAACCGUUACAGUAUUCUGAACAUGCCUGUAGUUCAUCGGAUCCCUCGCUGCCGCUCCGCUAAUGGCAGCAAUACGCUUCCUCUUGCUGGUAAGAUUCUUGAAUUCAUUACCACUCCAGACAAAAUCCGCUUGCUGGCUUUCCGCUCCUGUUGUUCCGGCUAGACCUCCGGCUUCUGAGUCGAUACCAUUCAUUCUUCGUGUUAAAGUUCUCCGAAGUGACAUGUAAUUCCUCGAAUCUUGACUUUUCUUCAACUGUUUGUCCGUUGCUAUGGUGCUACAAGCACAUAAUCUCAAGGAAAACACGUGAUAUUGCAACGGAAUGACAAAUGGUCCAUUGCACGAAUUUAUUCUGGCCUGCUUACUCUCACACGAAAUUUGACGUUUGAGCGAUGUCGACACCUCUCAAAUCUGUACGAACAUUUGAAAAGGGCCUAUCUGCUUUUUGUAAACAAACAUGUUUCUGUCUCUGUAGGGCCCAUCUGCAUCCACCCACGCACAUCAACACCCUUAACAGAUAGCUUGAAGAACACUCUUUCUGAUAAGGGUGUUGAUGUGCGUGGGUGGAUGCAGAUGGGCCCUACAGAGACAGAAACAUGUUUGUUUACGCAAAGCAGAUAGGCCCUUUUCAAAUGUUCGUCCAGAAAUGUCAAAUUUUCUGUGAGAGUAAGCAGGCCUGAAUAAAUUCGUGCAGUGGACCAUUAGAAUGAUUAUUAUUUACCUUAUAUAGUUCAAGGGUUGGGCCCAUAUAGCCGAGGCGGUAAACGCACGGGUAUUCAGCAUGACCAUGCUGAGGGUGACGGGUUCGAUUCCCGGUCGGUCCAGGAUCUUUUCGUAAAGGAAAUUUCCUUGACUUCCUUGGGCAUAGAGUAUCUUCGUGCCUGCCACACGAUAUACACAUGCAAAAAUGGUCAUUGGCAGAGGAAGCUCUCAGUUAAUAACUGUGGAAGUGCUCAUAGAACACUAAGCUGAGAAGCAGGCUCUGUCCCAGUGAGGACGUUACGCCAAGAAGAGAGAGAGAGAGAGUUCAAGGGUUACUAUGACAGUAAUUGGAAUUGAAAUUUUAUAAAAGAAGGUUUUUGAGGAUCCGAAAAGAAGUUAACAUUGAGAUUCGGGUAUGGCAAAUCUGGGUGAUUUUCAAACCUGAUUCUGAACUCUGACUCUUGUUUAAAUCUUUACUGACAUGUUAUUAGAAGCUUUUCAGAAUAUGUUAGGCUUCAGAAACAUUUCAGGUUUUAUUAAGGCUUUGAAGUUGCAUGAACUAUGUGAUAGCCCUAACACCAACAAAGUCUAUAAAACUGACCAUUUCGGCACCAACAUUUCAAAAGGGCGUAACUGCAUUUACAACCAAUGUCUUCUCACAAAGCUGUGGAGAGUAUCCCAUCCCUCUCGAGCAAUCCACUAGCACAAAUAGAAAGAUAAAAUCCUCCUCUUUCGAUUAAUGGAUGUGAAUUGCGUGAGAUGAAUGAAAUAUGACCCACAGCUCUGUGAGAAGGCAUUGGUUGCAAAAGCAGUUACGCCCUUUUGACAUGUUGGUGCCGAUUUAUGCCAUGUCUUGAAUAAUUUGUCUGGUUUCUAGUCAAAUUUCAACAAAAGAGACAAAAUCUUCAUACCCACAAAGUUCCACACUGCCUAUCCAUGAGGAAAUGCCAUCACAACGCCCCUGGAUUGUUUGAGCGCUAGAUUCAUCCUAUUUUGGAAAGUACUUUUCCAAAGAAAACAAAAGAAAAAUGCAAAACCUACAAGGCAACGGUAAAACUUUAUAGAAGAAGAGGAAGAUGAAGAUAAUGAUGAAAUGCAUUUUUGCGCCAUUCACAAUGUGCAUUUGACCUAGUUUUUUCCCUAGAUAAUUUAUACGUAAAACACACAAAUAUGGUUCUUGUGAUUGGAACUGAUUGGAAUGAUAUAAAGAGCAUACUUAACCACAUUAAAAUUGAAAAUCUAAAAUGCCAUUGAAAAUGAAGAAGAAAAACAAUAGAUACCAUAUAGAUAACGACACACAAAAGUAAGAAAUUCCAUUAAUACUACCGCUGAAACCAGAAGAAAUGAAACGAAAUCAAUGCAGACAAAGAUAAAACAAGUGAAACUAACAAAGUAUGUGUAAUAUGUAUAUUUCAACUCAGGUAAACAAUAUUUGUAACAAACAAACAAAAAACAACAAAGCAGCGAUAGAUAGCGAAUGAACGAAGAAGAUCUAGCCAGAAUCAAACAGUAGACUAGGAGAAACCAAUUGAACAAACACAUGGGGAUCCGAAGACACGGGAAGAAACACCAGUCAGACAACAACAUACAACAACAGCUAACUGUGAGCCAUUUUGUACCCACAAUUACCUAAUGUCUAUCGUGUCACACGUUCUUUUGAUACGAAAUUGUUUCAUUUUUUACCAACAACAACUACAACGUUAACAACAGCCAGCAAACAACAAAAACCCGCAAUUUGAAACAGUUGUUUAUUAUUUUUAACACAAACAAACAUAUUAUUACAAUUAUGAAAUCUUUUAAUCUGUGAUACUGAUUAAUAAAACAAACAAAAAAAAGUAAACAAGCCAACAAACCAACAAAGAUGGAACCGCGCUAUAGCGAGAAACUCUCGAGGCAGAGCCACGAAAAUGAGAAAGAAGAAAGAUUGAAAGAAAAGCUUAGCGAGUUCACGGAAAGAAGCGGAAAAAAGGAACGGAAAUCAAGCGUCCUAGUAAAUCGAACAGGACUACCGUGAAUCGCAUAUCUGUCCCAUUUGCAUAGGAAAUUCAGCAAAGAUGGGACUGAUAUGCGAUUCACGGCAGAGGAAGUAAAAUAAAACAAAAUGUCGUUCAACCUACACACAACACACACAAACCGGGAAGAACGGAUCUGUAUAAACCCAAUCAGUCGCUUUGUGUCUUGUAUAUUUGUAAAACACCCCCCCAAUCCCCCUUCGUCUGAGAAUAGGAAUGAUAAUGAAAUGAAACCGAAAGCGGAAGAUGAUGGCGAAACAAAAAAAAAAACAGUGUUAGUAGGCAUAUAUAUGGAAAUUAUGGAAAGAAGGAAUUGUUUGUGUUGUACAAUCGAUUGACAUUUGCGCGAGAAGACAAGUGCUGUACAUAUAAAUAGUGAUGAAAACAAAAUAAACCAAAUGAAUUGUCAUAAAAAAUCGUCAA